AUGGCACAGCCUCCGGUUCAAAACCCUCCUUCCUCCGCCGUGUUGACCUACAGCUCCAGCAUGUACCGGUCGCGACAGGACAGCAUCUCCAAAGACAUGGCCCAGGUGGCUGCGUUCCCCGUGUACGACGGGAAUGACGAGAAGAUUCCCGUCACCCCCUUUGCCCUUCCGACGAGCUGUGAAACAACCACCGAUUCGAAUCCGUCGCUCGCGAGACGUCCGACGCGCAAAUCCUCCAAACCGUCGUUCCUCGGCUCUCUGCGCAGGCGAAAAACGGUCGGCGAAAAAGAUGAACCACCGAAGCAGCCGCCGAAGCAGCCGCCGCAACAGCCGCUGCACAUCGUACCAGACUUUGAAUUAAAUCAUGAGGACCCCCGGUACCUGAAACCGAGAGCAGUUUCGAUGGCGAUCACCCCGACUGGCAAGACCAAGGCGUCGCAAAGCAUCUCAUUGCCAUUCAACCCCGACAAGCGACCGUUCAAUUUUGGCCAGGAUAAUGCGGCCGAGACCAUGCGCGCCUCGUACAAGAGGGAGAUCCAGACCAAAGAUGCCCGGAUUAAGCUCCUGGAGAGCCAUCUGGUGAAUCUGGCCACGGGGAUCACGGAGAUGGAUAAGGACCGCAAACGACUGCAGUCGCAGGCCCGCAGCAGCCCCGGUCACCCGAAGUCCGAUCGCUCGUCGACAUCGGGGAAAAAGUUGUGGACGACCAAGUCGACGCCCCAGGUGCGCGAGGAUCUAUCCAUGUUGGAGCAGCGCAUGCGAUCGUGGGCCAUCAAAAACAGCGUCACCGACAUCAGCGACCUGGACCACCUAGACGGCGAGGAGAAGAGUAUCAUCCUCGAGGAAUUGGAAGGGUUUUGCGCCGAAACUGACUGGAACACGUUGAUUCGCGCAACGCCGAUCGUGCUGCACCGCAUGCCAGCGCUGCUGACACAGGCAUUGCUAUCCAAGGAUGUUUACGCAACGGCAUUCAUGAAUCCUUUCUUCGCAUUCGCCGAGGAUUCUACCGGUGGACUGCCCACGUCACGGAUGCUGAAGGCAAUGUACUCGACCAUGUUAGAGGUCAAUCCAUCUGAAGCCCACGUGUGGCGCUCACAGACACUACGAGUGCUGUCAGCUCCCCCAUCCACCCCCAACGAGGAGAGCCUGCUGGCUCAGCGAGUCCGCGAAGUGACGAGCGAACUGGCGGUGGACUUUCUCAACGGACCGGUGCAGGCACUCCUGCGGACACCACGGACAGAAGCCGAGCUGGUCAAGCGGAAUCAGGAAGUGUACAGCCUAUAUCAUAGUGCGGGAGAGCUGGCUCUUUCGCUGUGGACGCAGCGGGCGUUCAUGAAAUUCCACAACCUCCAUGGCCUCAAGCGCUUCCGCACGGGCAAUCCCGCCAUGACGGCGCAUCCGCUGCAACACCUCAGCGAGGAUGACGAGAGACUGGAUGGUAAAAGGGUUUUGCUAGUGGUACAGCCGGCGGUGGUGGCGUAUGGGGACGAGGAGGCGCAGAAUUACGAUAUGUGCAAGGUAUGGGCGAAAGGCGUGGUGCUGGUAGAUGAAAACGAGGGCAAGAGCCGACCGACAUGGUUCCAAUCGCCUGGUGCAACAUCAGAUGAGGCGGCACCUUUAUAG